AUGGAUGCUAUACCGUCGUUGGAUGAAAUUCAAAAAGUCGUCUUUGAUCUUGAUGCGGAUAGUUCCCUUGGUCCGGAUGGGUUUGCUGGUUUUUUCCAUCGUCAUUGUUGGGAUACUAUCCACGAGGAGAAAGUGGCAUUUAUGAAAGGGCGAAAAAUUAAUGAAAAUAUCAGUUUGGCCUCUGAGCUGGUUAAUGAUCUUCAAAAAAAGAGGAAGGAUGGUAACGUUGGCCUUAAAUUGGACAUCACUCAAGCUUCUGACACAGUAAGUUUGAGUUUUGUUCUAGAGGUGUUUAAGAGGUAUGGUUUAUCAGACUCUUGGUGCACAUGGAUUUAUAAUAUCUUGAAUUCCGAUAGAAUUUCUGUUUUGGUGAAUGGUAGUCUGGAGGGUUUCUUUAAGAUUGAUAGAGGCUUGCGUCAAGAUGUUUUGAGUAGAAAUAUCUCAAAACUCUUUAAGGAGGGUCGUAUGACUCACAUGGUUUCCAGAAAGGGUGUAGCGCCUACUCAUUUAUUCUUUGCGGAUGAUAUCAUGAUCUUUUGUAAAGAAAAUAUGAAAAGCUUGAGGAAUUUGAUGGAUUUACUAGGAAAAUACCAAAUAGCUUCCGAGCAAACGGUUAGUCGUCAAAAAAGUAAACUAUAUUUUGGAGGAGGAACUUUGACUAGACGUGGGUGUAUUGCUGAUUUUCUGGGAAUGUCGGUAGCCACUUUUCCGAAUCGUUAUUCGGGGGUACUUUUAAUGCCAGGUAAGGGGUAUAGAUCGUUUGUGGUUGGUUUUGAUAAAAUUUGUUCGCCUUACGAAGAAGGUGGUUUUGGGUUAACUCAAUUGCGUGUUACGAAUAAGGCACUGCUAAUGAGGUUGUGGUGA